AUGGCCGCCGCCGCCGCCGCCGCCGCCGCCGCCGCCGCCUCGUCGUCAUCUGCCGCCAUGUUCAGCUCCGCUGCGGAGAGCUGCUCUCGCAGAGCCUCGCUCGUUGCCAACCUCCGCGUGCGUCCCACACGAAGCUAUUCCGCAUUUCUGAGAAGUAGUUGUGCCGUCGGUGCUCACGCCCGUGACUCCGCUUCUCUUUGUUCUUCAUCUUCCGUUGUUAAUGAGUAUUCAUUAUAUUGUUUCCCUAAUUCUCUGGAUGCAUCCUUUUCAGCAGCAAUGGCCAUCGAGGCUUCUGCAAAGGUUAUCGAUGGAAAAUCAGUUGCCAAGGAAAUAAGAAAGGAAAUAGCUAUCGAAAUAUCAAGGAUGAAGGAGUCUACUGGGAUUGUUCCUGGCCUGGCUGUUAUUCUUGUUGGAGAAAGGAAAGACUCUGCAACUUACGUACGCAACAAGAAGAAAGCUUGCGAAUCUGUUGGGAUCAAGUCAUUCGAAGUGCACUUGCCUGAAGACUGUUCAGAACAAGAAGUGCUCGAGUAUAUCACAGGCUUCAAUGGAGAUCCUUCAGUUAAUGGUAUCCUUGUGCAGUUGCCUCUUCCUUCUCAUAUGAAUGAGCGGAACAUCUUAAAUGCUGUUUGUAUCGAGAAAGAUGUCGAUGGAUUCAACCCUCUGAAUAUUGGUCGUCUGGCCAUGAGGGAUAGAGAACCGCUAUUUGUUCCAUGCACACCCAAAGGAUGCAUAGAGUUAUUGCACAGAUAUAAUGUUCCUAUCAAGGGAAAAAGAGCUGUUGUUAUCGGGAGGAGCAAUAUUGUCGGAAUGCCUGCUGCCUUGCUCUUGCAAAGGGAGGAUGCAACAGUUAGUAUUGUCCAUUCAAGAACGAAAAAUCCGGAGGAGAUCACUAGAGAAGCCGAUAUUGUGAUCUCUGCCGUGGGCCAGCCGAAUAUGGUGAGAGGCAGUUGGAUCAAGCCUGGCUCUUUCGUCAUUGAUGUUGGAAUUAAUCCUAUUGAGGAUGCAUCAAAUCCCCGAGGAUAUCGGCUUGUAGGGGAUGUUUGUUACGAGGAGGCUAGCAAGAUUGCUUCAGCAAUCACACCUGUACCCGGAGGUGUGGGCCCCAUGACCAUUGCUAUGCUACUCUCCAACACUCUUUCCGCCACAAAACGAGCCAACAAUUUCUAACGAAAUGUCUCCUCUUGAUUCGAUUAGUAACUAAACGAGCCAGACUAUUUGUAGGAUUUUAAGAGUAUCAUCUUUAGGUCUUCUAUAAUUGAAUCCAUUUAACAAAGAUGAAUGUAAUGAGGGUAUGUAGCAAGUGCAUUUAGGAUUCGAAAUAGUAAUGUAAUCUUUUAUUUUGUGGCCAUAUUAAGAUGUAGCUUGUUUGAUGUCAAUGUUUUGACUCGGAUCAAGUAUCUAUACCCCUCUGUAUGCAAGUUUGGCAAGAACGCAUUGAUUUUGUAAGUUAUUUUUAAAAGCUUAGGACGUGCUUGAAUACAAAUAUAUUUUUUGGUUACUCA